ACCGCCAAGCGUCCUUUUGUCAGCGCACAGGGCCGAGAGAGCUCUCAUUUCCUCCUAGCCUCGUGCUGGAAAUGGAUUUAAUUCUGACAUCAGGGCUGUAAAGGACGAGCGGGAACGAAAGCCUUUUGUCAAGGAGUAGCAGUCUCUGUUGUCUGAAAUUACCACUGACGCGGAGAAGCUGCGUUGCUGGUGGAAUUCCAGGCAGCUCUGGCAAGUGCGAGGCUGCAGGAUGGGUAGAAAACAUUGCUCUGCCGAUUAGCUGGGUGCAUUUAUCAAGCAGAUCCCAAAAAGAAAAACCAACCAACAGAACAAACCCCCAACAACCCGCAGCGGAAGACCAGAGAUGGAUAAGAUGCCUUGCAGGAGGGUUCCGGGGGUGGAUCGGAAACCCACCAGGACAAUGAGUGAAGAGCCUGUCCCCGAGGCCGCCUCCCCGCCGUCCGCGCAGGGCCAGCAGUAUUUCGAUCGUUUCUCCGAGGACGACCCCGAGUACCUGCGCCUCCGCAGCCGUGCAGCGGACCUGCGGCAGGACUUCAACCUGAUGGAGAAGAAAAAGCGUGUCACCAUGAUCCUGCAGAGCCCGUCUUUCAGGGAGGAGCUGGAAGGCCUCAUCCAGGAGCAGAUGAAGAAGGGGAACAACUCCUCCAACAUCUGGGCCCUGCGGCAGAUCGCGGACUUCAUGGCCAGCACCUCCCAUGCAGUCUUCCCAACAUCUUCCAUGAACUUCUCCAUGAUGACGCCCAUCAAUGACCUCCACACAGCCGAUUCCCUGAACCUGGCCAAGGGGGAGCGGCUCAUGCGGUGCAAGAUCAGUAGUGUCUACCGCCUCCUGGACCUGUACGGCUGGGCGCAGCUGAGUGACACCUACGUCACGUUGAGGGUCAGCAAGGAGCAGGACCACUUCCUGAUCAGCCCUAAGGGAGUUUCUUGCAGCGAAGUCACAGCAUCCAGCCUGAUCAAGGUGAACAUCCUGGGAGAGGUGGUGGAGAAGGGCAGCAGCUGCUUCCCAGUGGACACCACGGGCUUCUGCCUGCACUCGGCCAUCUACGCCGCCAGACCUGACGUGCGCUGUGUCAUCCACCUGCAUACUCCGGCCACGGCGGCGGUGUCAGCCAUGAAGUGGGGCCUCCUGCCUGUGUCCCACAACGCCCUGGUGGUAGGGGACAUGGCCUAUUAUGACUUCAACGGCGAGAUGGAACAGGAAGCCGAUCGGAUCAACCUGCAGAAGUGCCUUGGACCCACCUGCAAGAUCCUGGUGCUAAGAAACCAUGGAGUGCUUGCUCUGGGUGACACAGUAGAGGAGGCGUUUUAUAAGAUCUUCCACCUGCAGGCUGCAUGUGAGAUACAGGUGUCUGCUCUGUCCAGCGCGGGGGGCGUGGAGAACCUCAUCCUCCUGGAGCAGGAGAAGCACCGGCCUCACGAGGUGGGCUCCGUGCAGUGGGCGGGGAGCACCUUCGGGCCCAUGCAGAAGAGCCGGCUGGGGGAGCACGAGUUCGAGGCCCUCAUGAGGAUGCUGGACAAUCUGGGUUACAGAACAGGCUACACCUACCGCUACCCCUUUGUUCAAGAGAAAACCAAACACAAAAGUGAGGUGGAGAUUCCAGCCACGGUCACAGCCUUCGUGUUUGAGGAGGAUGGCACCCCAGUGCCCGCCCUGAGGCAACACGCCCAGAAGCAGCAGAAGGAGAAGACCCGCUGGCUCAACACGCCCAACACCUACCUGCGGGUCAACGUGGCCGACGAGGUCCAGAGGAGCAUGGGUAGCCCCCGGCCAAAGACCACGUGGAUGAAGGCCGACGAGGUGGAGAAAUCCAGCAGUGGCAUGCCCAUACGGAUCGAAAACCCAAACCAAUUUGUGCCUCUGUAUACUGACCCCCAAGAAGUGCUGGACAUGCGCAACAAGAUUCGAGAACAAAACCGACAGGAUGUGAAGUCGGCGGGGCCUCAGUCCCAGCUGCUGGCGAGUGUGAUCGCUGAGAAGAGCCGAAGCCCGUCCACAGAGAGCCAGCUGAUGUCCCGGGGCGAGGCGGAUACCAAAGACGAGGCCGAGGAGAUAGCACCCAACCCCUUUAGCCAACUCACGGAUCAGGAGCUGGAAGAGUACAAGAAAGAGGUGGAGAGGAAGAAGCUAGAACUCGAUGGAGAGAAAGAACCUGCCCCUGAGGAGCCUGGCUCACCUGUAAAGUCUGCACCUGCUUCUCCAGCUCAGAGCCCAGCCGCGUCAGAGACGAAGAGCCCCGUGGGCUCUCCCUCCAAGUCUGUGGACGAAGAUGCUAAGAAGACGGAAACAAGCAAAGCCACCACAGAGCCGGAAACGACGCAGCCAGAAGGAGUGGUGGUCAACGGCAGGGAGGACGAGCAGACGGCAGAGGACAUCCUCAGCAAGGGCCUCAGCCAGAUGACCACCAGCGCCGACACGGAUGUCGAUACCUCGAAGGACAAAACAGAGUCAGUCACCAGCGGUCCCAUGUCCCCAGAGGGCUCACCUUCCAAGUCUCCCUCAAAGAAGAAGAAGAAAUUCCGCACCCCGUCCUUCCUGAAGAAAAGCAAAAAGAAGGAGAAAGUGGAGUCCUGA